UGGAGUGAACGGAGGCGAGUGAUAAAAGACGAAGCUUUACGUCGUCUGAGAAUUUCUGCGAUAGGAAGCUAAGGGGAAAAUUCAGUAGGGGAAGAGCCGAAGAUGACGGUGGCGGCUUUCGGGCAGUUGAAUCUGGAGGAGCCUCCACCGGUUUGGGGAUCUCGCAGUGUCGAUUGCUUCGAGAAACUCGAGCAGAUUGGUGAAGGAACUUACGGUCAAGUGUACAUGGCCAGAGAAAUCAAAACCGGAGAAAUCGUGGCUCUGAAAAAGAUCCGUAUGGACAAUGAAAGAGAAGGGUUUCCUAUAACAGCUAUCCGGGAGAUAAAAAUUCUUAAGAAGCUUCAUCAUGAAAAUGUCAUCAAGCUGAAAGAGAUUGUGACUUCCCCAGGUCGGGACAGAGAUGAGCAAGGGAAGCCAGAUAACAACAAAUACAAAGGUGGGAUUUACAUGGUUUUUGAGUACAUGGAUCAUGAUUUGACCGGACUUGCUGAUCGUCCUGGACUGAGAUUUACAGUUCCUCAGAUCAAGUGUUACAUGAAGCAACUGCUCACUGGGCUUCAUUAUUGUCACGUCAAUCAAGUUCUUCACCGUGAUAUUAAAGGUUCAAACCUUCUUAUUGACAAUGAGGGAAAUUUAAAACUUGCUGAUUUUGGGCUUGCACGAUCAUUUUCUCAUGAUCAUACUGGAAACCUUACAAACCGUGUCAUCACUUUGUGGUAUAGACCCCCUGAAUUGCUGCUUGGUGCUACUAAGUAUGGCCCGGCCAUUGACAUGUGGUCAGUAGGUUGCAUCUUUGCCGAACUUCUGCAUGGGAAACCCAUCUUGCCUGGGAAAAAUGAGCAUGAACAACUAAACAAGAUUUUUGAGCUAUGUGGAUCACCUGAUGAGAAUAUUUGGCCUGGGGUUUCCAAGAUGCCGUGGUAUAACAAUUUUAAACCAGCACGGCCCUUGAAACGCCGUGUAAGGGAGGUUUUCAGACACUUUGAUCGACAUGCCCUUGAGCUAUUGGAGAAAAUGUUGGUGCUUGAUGCAUCUCAGAGAAUAUCAGCAAAAGAUGCUCUUGAUGCCGAGUACUUUUGGACCGAUCCACUUCCAUGUGAUCCAAAAAGUCUACCCGCAUAUGAAUCAUCCCACGAGUUCCAGACGAAGAAAAAACGGCAGCAGCAGCGCCAAAACGAGGAAGCGGCAAAAAGGCAGAAAUUGCAGCAUCCACAGCAGCAGCAGCAUAGGUUGCCGCCUAUGCAACACGGUGGUGGCGGCCAAUCUCACCAGCAGCCUCAACACUGGCCGGGUGGUCCUAACCAUCCUAUUCCACAAGUAAUAGCCGGAGGAGGGCCAAGCCACCACUACUAUGGAAAGCCACGUGGUCCACCCGGUCCAAACCGUUACCCGCCUAGUGGAAGCCAAGGCGGGGUUUAUAAUCAGAACCGUGGGGGUUACAGCAGCGGAUCGUACCCUCCACAAGGGCGAGGGGCUCCAUAUGGUGCAGGAUCAGGACCAGGACCCAGAGGGCCUAGCGGUGGGUAUGUGGGACCGCCCCCCAACUAUCAGCAAGGGGGACAGUACGGAGGGUCCUCUGGUUCAGGAAGAGGUCAGAACUCUAUGGCGGGUGGCGGUAGAAACCAGCAAUAUGGAUGGCUGCAGUAAGAGAUGAUGAUGAAACCAUAUUAGGACAUAUCAUAUCGUCUUCCCACUUUGGAGCAACUGUGAUUCUGUAAUAAGAAUACGACAAUCUCCUCAAAUGUUAGAAACUUUGAGCUUUGUUUGUUUUUCCUUAACUAGUCCCUGAUACCAUUGUUAGUUGAAUCUCUGUUUUGAAUGUA